GGUAUGCAUGCUUGCCAAACUUAGUCCUUAAACCCUAUGUGGACGAGGACCCAUGGGGACUGCCGGAUGUGCAGUGGAUGAUGGAUCUGGCCUUGGCAGACAAACACCAGUUGGGUGAGGACCAAAUCACGAUGGAGGAUGGAGCCCGACAGGUGGAGGAUCAUGAAAGGUCUGUAGGAGGGGUUUAUCUCCUGGCCAAUGCCUUGUUGCAGGAGGAAGUGGCCAGAAACGUUGGGCAGGAUCAGGAAAGGGGUGAGAAUGUGAUCUAUGAGGGGGAGGACGAUGAUUUCGAAGAAGGCGAGAUUAAGGAGGUUUUUCGAGCAGAAGAGUAUGAUGGGGUUUAUCUUGAACUCGGAAUGUUUUUUUCGUGCGAAAUGAGAGAAAGAGAUGCCAGCGAGAAAGUCUUGAAGAUGAGACCGAGCUUUCUGGUAAGGGAUGGGCACCUGUUCAUGAAGAGCAAGGGGAGGAAUCCCAGGAGGGUAGUCUGUGGCAUCGCUCGUCAGAUCGAUGUCAUGGCCGCCCUGCACGACGGCACAGCUGGAGGGCACAGGAGUACUGACACAACGCAUGCAACGUUCCCUAUCGAGAGCUUCCUGAAGACAUGGAGGCGGCAGGACCUCGAGUCAGAGUUGACGUUCGAGGAACUGCUCGAUCUAAGGGCGCGUCAGAUCGGAGCCAUAGAAGAUAGGAUUGAAGGAGCAGCGAGUAAGGUGGCAUAUAACCGGGCACAGGAUAAGUUCAGGUGGGACAAGAUGACAAGAGUGAGGAAGGAGUCAUUCAGAGUGGGAGACACGGUGUUGUUGUACGACUCAUUCUUGGAGAAACAAUGGUCACGGAAGUUGGAUAAGCGGUGGUUGGGACCGUACAAGGUGGCAAGAGUUGGAGAGCAUGGCGCGUACCAGAUUGAGGAAAUUGAUGGAACAGCCUGGAGAGAUUGGGUGUCAGGCUCGAGGCUAAAGAAGUUUGUUGCUCGAGAUGAGCCUCAGAAGAUGCACAUGGAAGGGAAAGCCAAGAGUGAGGAGUUUGAGUGGCAGAUGUCGUCCACUGUGACACUCCAGCAGGUUCGAAGGGGGCUGGAUGUGACACAGCAGGCAGAGCUGGUGAGAGAUGAGGGGGCACUGCCUAUUGAUCGGAUGGUUGCUGAGGGGCAGAUGAUCCAGGGGAGCAAGGUUGAGGCUGAGCAGGGAAUAGGCCAAGAGACCUGUCAGGACUCUACCAUGCCUCAGGGUACGCCCUUGGUAGCAAAUUUUGAGGAGGCAUUGGGCUCGUGGGCCACAUGGUCUGGUUCAGCAGUGCGAACGAGUGGGCCAGCGAGACAGACAGAGGAGAGAGCAGCCUGCCCCACACCAUCUGAGACUCCCCAGCAGGAGGUUACGAGCGAAGUUACAGCAAUUUCAUCCUCAGUACUCUCGCAGGAAGAAGAAAAGACGACACAGAAGAAGCCUGAGAAGUGUUUGUACUGUAAGAAAGGCAAACACUUCUCUGAUGAUUGCCCCAAGUUCUAUGAGGAUGAGGCGAGAGGGUUUGUUACCAGAGUAUCCACUGGGAUUUGGAGGGAUAGGAAUGGUAAUUUGGUUGAGAGGUCUUGUGAUGGUGGUAGAAUGCAGUUGUACGGACAGAUAGGUGAGGUGAUGAUUGACUAGGAUUUGACAUUAGGGUC